UGUGCAGAGCUCUGUGUGUGUGUGCAGAGCUCUGUGUGUGUGUGCAGAGCUGUGUGGCUGUGUCUGUUUGCACAGCACUGUGUCAGUCUGUGCACAGCUGUGUGAAGAGGAGCCAGCGUGUGCCCAGGUGGGCGAGAAGGCCAAUGGCAUCCUGGCCUGGGUCAGGAACAGUAUGGCCAGCAGGACCAUGGCAGUGAUUCUGCCCUUGGACUGGGCACUGGUGAGGCCACACCUUGAGAGCUGUGUGCAGUUCUGGGCCCCUCAGUUUAGGAAGGAUGUUUGAGGUGCUGGAGCAGGUCCAGAGAAGGGCAACAAGGUUGGUGAAGAGUCUGGAGCACAGCUCCUGUGAGGAGCAGCUGAGGGAGCUGGAGGUCUCCGCCUGGAGAGGAGCAGGCUCAGGGGAGACCUUCUCACUCUCUACAACUCCCUGACAGGAGGGGGGAGCCAGGUGGGGGUCGGUCUCUUCUCCCAGGCAACCAGCAGUAGGACAAGAGGGCAAGGCCUUAAGCUGCACCAGGGAAGGUUUAGGUUGGACAUGAGGAAGAAAUUUUAUGCAGAAAGAGUGAUUGGGUAUUGGAAUGGGCUGUCCAGGGUGGUGGUGGAGUCACAGUCCCUGGAGGUAUUUAAGAACUUAGUGCCAUGGUCUAGAUAACAAGGUGGGUCAUGGGCUGGACUCUAUGAUCUCAGAGGUCUUUUCCAACCUCCCUGAUCCUGCGACUCUGCGCAUGGAGUUGUGCUCAGCUGUGUGCGUGGCUGUGCACAGGCUGUGCAUGGUGGUGUGCAGGUUGUGUGUGAUGGUGUGCAGGUUGUGUGUGGUGGUGUGCAGGUUGUGUGUGAUGGUGUGCAGGUUGUGUGUGAUGGUGUGCAGGUUGUAUGUGGUGGUGUGCAGGUUGUGCGUGGUGGUGUGCAGGUUGUGUGUGGUGGUGUGCAGGUUGUGUGUGAUGGUGUGCAGGUUGUGCAUGGUGGUGUGCAGGUUGUGUGUGGUGGUGUUCAGGUUGUGCAUGACUGUGUGGCUGUGCAGCCAUGUGUGGUUGUGUGCAGCUCUGUGUGGUUUUCCGUGGCUGUGGGUGCUCAUGGGAGUGGCUGGGAGCGGCUGUGCAUGGCUGUGUUCAGUUGUUAUGGGGUUGUUGUGGGGUUGUUGUGAGGUUGUUACAGGGCUGUGCACAGCCCUGCCCCGUUGGUGGGGGCUGUGCCUGAGGCAGCCGGUGGGUUUCCUGCUGCGAGGCAGCAGCGACUGUGGGAAAAUUCCAGGCAGUGGGAUGCAGGGGGGGCAGCCCAGCCCCACAGCCCCUGCCCACCCCCAGUUAAUGAUCCCCCAAAUCCAACCCAACCGCAGGAACAACACCCACUCAAUGAGGGGCACAAAGGCCCGUGUGGCCACAUGUCACCAAGGAUGUCACUACUGUCACCUCCCCCUGCUCCCCCCUUGGCCUGUAGGUCAGUAUGUGCAGGGCUUCCCUCCAGCACUGUUUUGGGGUGUCCCCAGAGAGCUCAGAAGGGGAUCUGGGGGGACCUCAUAUCCUUGCCACAGGGCCACCAGCCUUGUCACAAGCCUUGGUGUCCCCGAGGCCAUUGCUGGUGUAGGAAAGAACCCUGAUGGCCUGGGAAGGGCUUUGGGGUGCAGGGAAGUGGAACUGGGGAGAGGAAUUCCCACCUCCUCAGCCCUGAGGGCAGCACAGCCCCCCAGCACCAGCCCCCCUGGAGCCCCUCUUUGCUGAUGAGCUGAGAGUGGAGCUGCCAAAGGCAACACGUGUUUCUGCUCCAUCUCCCCCUGAUUUGUGGGAACCAAACGGAAUGAGGAUGCACACGCACCCACAUGUACCCACACAUGUGUUUUGCCCCCAAACAUGCAGCUCAGGGGGCUUAACAACAACCAGACCCCAUUAAUCACAUUCUGUGGAGCAGCCGUGGGGCUCCAAUGGGGAGGUGAAACCAUCCCCCAAAUACAUCCCAGGGCUGUUCCCUGCCCGGCCCCCCCCAAAUCGGGGGUCACGGGGAUCACCCCGAUUUUCCGGUUUCUGAUUUUUCUCGCUGGCAGGUGGAGUUGGUUAAAGCAGAAAAUCCAGGGAAAUCGGAGCUGAGGGAAGGGGGGAGGGGGGGGCCAGCAGGCUGCAGAGGAGGAGGAUGGUCCAUGGGGAUGAGCCGGUCCCUGGAGCAGCCCGAGGGCCCCCGCGGUGCUGCAGAGCAAAUUAAUUAAGGAAGCGAUUCCCAGGCAGGGCUGAGCCCUCCUUGCUGGGCCCCCGGGAUUUAGCAGGGUGGUGGCAGCUUCCCCUGCUGCCCCCGCCCAGGGGUGCCCGCAGCAUCUCGGGGUGCCGGGACGAGCAGGUGGCCGGGCGAGGGGACCAGUUGGGAUGUGUCGCUGGAGCCAAAGAGCUUUUAAUCCUCCUCUUUCCAGGCCAGCUUCCCCCCGCCGGGGCCGCGGCGGCUGCAAAGCAGCCCUGACCGCCAGGAAUUUGUCGCUAUGUGCUGGGAAAGCUGCUUCCCACCAGCUGUCGGCGGCCGGACACGCCGGGCGCAGGCGCCUUGCACGGGGGUGAGGGGCCGUG